AUGAUGACCAAGUUAGAGGUGCCGGUCAGUGGAACUGGCAGUAGUAGUGCCACAGCAGCACUUCUGGCUUCUGGGGGUACUCCGACCACUAGUCGUAUAGUUACGUCUAAUGCUUUAACAAUGAAAUCGGAAGAUUCGAUGAUCUCGCCGAAAUCGCCUCCAGCAGCUGUAUUAGAUAACGCAGUCUCACUGUUUGGUGCGCCAGAAGCAAGUCAGGACAAUGGAAGCACGGAAAGUGACGAUUUGGGUCCAAUGCCUCGGGAUCGUUGCAACACGUGGCCGUUACGGCGAACACAGAUGGAUCUAAAUUCACAGACUAGUCCACUUAUUCAUGAGCGGAUAUUGGAAGAGGAAGCUGACUUUGAUCCUGAUGAAGGAACUUUGACUAAUGUUGGAUUGUUGGGCUCGCCGGAAAACACAGGCUUUUCACCUGGAAUGCCAUCACCUCCAGCAUCUACCGUUGGUUCGACGCAGGUCGUACCGUCAAGCGCUGCCUCAGAUACCUCUGACAAUGGUUUGACAUCGAAAAAAUCAACAACACGUCGUAAUGCAUGGGGUAAUAUGUCGUAUGCAGAUCUCAUAACGCAAGCUAUCAUCAGCUCACCGGAAAAGCGUCUUACUUUAUCACAGGUUUACGAGUGGAUGGUGCAAAAUGUUCCUUAUUUUCGGGAUAAGGGAGACUCGAAUAGCUCGGCCGGUUGGAAGGUAGGUGCACUGAUGAAUUCCGAUCUUAACGAUGUUGAACUGAAUUUGAAAGAACGAAGUAGAUGCCAUACUUGGCCAGCGAAACAGUUUGGAUUUUGCUUUGAAAACCGUGAACAGCAGUCGUCAUCAGCGGCAACUAUGACUUUGCCGUCAGGUUCCAAAACUGCUUCUUCCCCAGUUUGCACAAAUGCCGAUGAGCAGCAACACCAGAGUAAACUUACAUUAGAUAGUCAAAGUUCGUAUCCCACCACCACUUCUUCCACCAACAACAGUGUCCAGUUUGGUCAGCAGCAGCAGUCGUCUUCGCCUCAAAUAAGUGGUGCAUCUUCGUCGCAAUAUUUUGAAACGAUUCCUGACGGCAGCGGCUUCUAUGGGCUUUCUGGUUCCGAUGGUAACAUUUGUUCAUUGAAAAUGAAGAAGAAACGUGUUCGAAGGAAGCCUUCGGAUGUAGUAUGUCAAAAGAAACCAAAUCCCUGGGGUGAGGAAAGUUAUUCAGAUCUGAUUGCUAGGGCUUUGGAGUCUGCACCUGAGAAGCGCAUGAAAUUAAGUGACAUCUAUCAGUGGUUUUCUGUAAACAUUCCGUAUUUUCGGGAAAGAUCUAGUAGUGAAGAAGCUGCAGGAUGGAAGAACUCUAUUCGUCAUAACUUAUCACUACACAGCAGAUUUAUGCGAAUACAAAAUGAAGGAGCAGGGAAAAGUUCCUGGUGGGUCAUUAAUCCAGAUGCGAAACCUGGUAGGAAUCCACGAAGGCAGCGAGCGGCGACGAUGGAAAGCGCCACGAAGGCAGCGCUGGAAAAGAAACGUAGAGGUGCACGCAAGAAGGUUUUGGAAAUGCGUGCUACUGGAAGUCUUCAGAGUACACCAGGGUCCUUGGUCAGUUCACAGGCGUCUGUAGCAAACCAUGAUCUUUUUGGUGAAAAUGAUGAUCCUGUUGGCAAUUUCGAAACUGUUUUUCGGCCGCGAGCGCAGUCUAAUCUUUCCGUUGCAUCGCGCGUAUCACCAUCGGUUGGGAAUACGGAGUUCCAUGAAGAUUUUGAUUUUCCGCCAUUUGUAGAAGCCAGUGCAAUGCCAAAUGAUAUCCUUGACAGGACUAAUGAAAUAACUCUAAGCCAAACCGAUGCAUCAGCAUAUCAGCCACCGUUGGGAAGUGCUCUGUUGAAUGGUGGAAGUAGUACCUCUGCGGUUGCUGCGCAACCGCUUUUGCAACAUGUUAAACCAGAAGUGCCAGCCGACGGAAUAAAGAACGAACUAGAUGGGGUUCAGCCUCCCCCUUCCUACCACGUCUUGAAUAAUGCUCGCGACGUAUCGCACUCCCAAAAUCCGCUUCUUAAUUCAAAUAUAGUUCACAGAUCGCAACAGCCGGGAAUGACCUCAUAUAAUGGACUUUAUGCCUCAUCUAAUCAUGGUAUACAUUGGAUUUCUGGUGGUGUUCGUCCACAGAUCAGCUGCGCACAGCAAACAUUAGGACAGGCUGGCUUGCCGAUGGAUUUAGAAAAUUUGACUUUACCUGAACAGCCUUUUAUGGAAUGCGAUAUGGAAAGCGUUAUUCGACAGGAACUUUCCCAGUCAACGUCGAAUCAACUAACUUUUGAUUAA